AUGCUCGCCCGCGCCGCCCGCCGCUCCAUCCACAGCACCGCGCUCCGCGCCGCCGCCGAGAACGCGUCGGCCGCCGGUGCCACCAAGGUGACGUUGAACCUCAACACGCCCCACCAGUCCUUCUACAAGAAGGCGGAGGUCGACCUCGUCCAGAUCCCGGGCCUCGUCGGCGAGUACGGUAUCACGGCGCGCCACACGCCGAUCAUCUCGCAGCUCAAGCCCGGCGUCAUCGUCGUGCACGAGGAGCGUGACAAGGUCGUGAAGAAGUUCUUCACGGCCGGCGGCUUUGCCUUCACGCACGCCGACUCGGUCACGGACAUUGCCUGCGUCGAGUUGGUCAAGGUCGAGGACAUUGAUGCGUCGGCCGCCGAGGCCGGUGUCACCAAGUACAAGCAACUGAUGGACCAGGCCGCCCAGGGCAGCGUCGAACGCGUCGAAGCGCAGAUCGCGUACGAAACCCACGUCGCCAUGGUCGCCGCCUUGGCCGCGUAG